AUGCAACUUCAGACAGUGCAGCAGACCUUCCAUCGCGAAAUCGUGAGCGUACGUAAGCAUUGCACGUAUGUACAGUGCUCGACCGAUUGUCAAGAGACGAUCAGUCUCUAAGUAAUUCUGUUCGCAGCGAAAAAUGUACCGGCCAACGGCUACUCUGCGAUUAACGAGAAACCAAGAACCUCGGUGAAGACGAGGGUCGCUCCGACUGCUGCAACCAACGGCGUGCUGUAUAGCCGUGUAAUUGUUACUACAACAUACGUACGCGUUGGAGAGUUACAUGGCGAGUUAUUCGCGAGGACGUUCCUCUCGACAAUCCGAUGAUACGAUGGACGAUGAUGUUGACGAUAAGGAUGACACAAAACGGAAAUCACGUAAUUUAAGUGAGAAAAAACGACGUGAUCAAUUCAACAUGCUUGUUAAUGAGCUUGGAAGCAUGGUUAAUCCGAAUACACGGAAAAUGGACAAAUCUACCGUAUUAAAGUCGACGAUUUCGUUCCUGAAGAAUCACAAUGCGAUAGCUGUCAGAUCGAGGGUGCACGAAAUUCAAGAAGAUUGGAAACCAUCAUUCCUUUCGAACGAAGAAUUCACACAUCUCAUAUUAGAGGCUCUGGACGGUUUUAUAAUGGUAUUUUCUUCAAGCGGGCGCAUUUAUUACGUGUCCGAAAGUGUUACGUCUCUACUUGGAUAUCUUCCAAACGAGUUAGAGAAUACAACAAUCUAUGAUAUUACAUAUCAAGAGGACCAAUCAUCCUUAUACAACGUAUUAUUGAAUCCUGCCAAUACGAGGGAUCGACGAAAUAUUAAAAAAGAGGAUCAAAUAUUCUUCUCCUGUCACAUAAAAAGGGGUGGUCUAAAUGUCCAGGAGAACCCAGUAUACGAGCUUGUACAAUUUGUUGGAUAUUUUCGCUCCGACGUCGAUACGGAGGUAGACAAUUUAUUACCGAACACGAAGUUCGGCAGUACCACUGGAAUAGAUACAAAAUUAGUUUUCGUGGGUACAGGACGUCUUCAAACGCCCCAAUUGAUCCGCGAAUUAUCCGUAAUGGAUAACACAAAGUCAGAAUUCACGUCCCGGCACAGUCUCGAAUGGAAAUUCUUAUUUCUUGAUCAUCGAGCACCUCCUAUCAUCGGCUACCUUCCCUUCGAAGUGUUAGGCACGUCUGGCUACGAUUAUUACCACGUGGAUGAUUUAGAUAAAGUAGUCAUGUGUCACGAAUCAUUAAUGCAAAAGGGUGAAGGAACCUCCUGCUACUACAGGUUUCUCACGAAAGGCCAACAAUGGAUAUGGUUACAGACUAGAUUUUACAUCACGUAUAAUCAAUGGAAUUCUAAGCCAGAAUUCAUUGUCUGCACGCACUAUGUCGUUAGCUACAUCGACGUAAUUAAAGAAUUACGUAAAGAGACAGAGAAUUUUAAUAAGGAACAAAAUCAGGAUGUUUUAAUACCAGUGAAACAGCAGGUAACGACGUCCUGUCCAGUUUCGCCGACACAGUGGCCGAAAUCGUCGAGGACGUCGAAAUCGGUAGCAUCGAACACCCGAUCGCGACACGUAGAAAGUUCCGACUCUUCCUCGGUGUCAGCUUCUCUACGAAGUUCUCCACAUUCCCAAAUCACACACAUUUCAAGAUCGAAAGGAACAUCGGCGAACAGUUCGAUCACGUCGAAAACUCACCCCAUACCCCCCAUGGACAAUAGACCGCAGCAGCAGCAACAGCAGCCGCAACAUCAGCAACAACCUCUGAUAGAUGUCGAUCAGAGUUGUAUUAAUUUCAUUGAACAAACACCGUACGCGACUGUUAAUCUGCAGCCUGUGGUCAGUACAGCUUUCGCAGCACCGGCUACGCCGAUCGUCUCCACCCUUUCAACCCCCGAGGGUAUCGUGAUGACACCGGCACAGAAUCAAAUUCAAGACGAGUUGCAGCGUAAACACGAGGAACUGCAACAAUUGAUAGUGCAUCAACAGGAAGAACUUAGAAGGGUGUCGGAACAAUUAUUCAUCGCCAGAUAUGGAAUUCUGUCGCCGUUACUUAAUGCGAGCAUGCCUUACAAUGCAACGAAUGCAUGCCAGCAAAUGAACCGAUGCAACACGAACAAUUCCAACGUGCAAUUACCCACGUCGAGCAGCGUGCAAGGUGUGAACGUUCUUCCUCUGCCGAUCACGGUGCCAGUGCCAAUAGUGCCUACCGAAUUGUUCUCUCACCCCCUGACGGUGAGCCCUGUGCCAACAGUACCGGCCGCUGUCCAAGGAAACGUCGCCGCCAUGAUUCAACCCCUACAGCCGCAAGCCCAGCAACAACCCCAACAGCAAGCAUCGACGCAACCUAACAACAAUCCUCCGGAUCUCGUGCCUUUUCAAAUCUGUCCCCAUCAAGGUGAUAUACUGUACAACGACAUGGAAACGCCUGCGAAUCAACAGCAAAGAUCGUCGCAAAAUUGAGAACCGGAAGCGAGAAAUUAGAAAGAGGAAAUUUGGCUCGUGUGGGGCUGGUGUACGUGAAACAGUUAUAGGAUAACUGGCUGACCAAUUUUGUAAAAAAUAAUAGUUUUAACUGUUGGAACUUUGAAGUUGAAUUGAAUUUUAUAGUAUUUAAUGAUGAAAGAUUAUAUUAAUUUUUUUUGUAAAUUGAUCUUAAUAUUAAUAUCUUUCGAGUUAGGAUGUCGAGAAUUUAUCAUCUGUUCAUUUAAUGAUUCAUGCAUUAUUUAAAAUUUAAGUUUUUAAUGUUAUCGCGAGUAGAGGAGCCUCCUUUCCCUAUAUCGCCAACUGUACACUAUCGAGAAUUCAUAUUUCAGUCUUCAGGCAAUAUUCAUCAAACAUUCGACUUUAUUUAUUGUUGAUAAAAUCAAAAAUAGGAUUAUGGAAAGGACGAAUAACGUCACUGGUAUGUGUAUAUGUAUAUACCUAUGAUACUGUUGUCUAAUAUGAAUUGAACAAAGUACAGGACGUAAAAGGAGGAAUAGUAUUUUUUAAUUUAUUUACAAGAGUACAAAAAACUGGAGAAAGCGAAAACUGUAUGUUCCAUAUGUAGGUACAUAGAGACAAUAAUCGAUCAUUUAAUUCAAUGAUGUUUAUUAUAGGAAACGAGUACGGAAACAGGGUAUAUUCGAAAAUUUAUAUAUAUAUAUAUAUGUAUACAUAUGUAUAUUAAUAUAUUUUGUUGUAAAUG